CUAUUGUACUGCAAACCUAAAAAAAUUGUAAUUGAUUUUAUAUACCUCGGAUACAAGCAUUAAUGAAAUAGCCAGUCUUACAGGUUUUAGUUAAGCAGAUGUUUGUCUGGGAUCAUCUUGAACUCACAUAGGUAUUGCAAUGGAAACUGCUGUGUGUCAACAGUUUUUGAAUGUUUUCCAGGAUUACUUAAAUCUGUGCCAGUUUGAGAACUGGCCUAAUAAUGACACAAGCUGUACAGAAAUAAAAAAUGCUUUUUUGAUAACCAUUCAUAUAGAAAAAUGCCUGGAUAGAUUACAACAGUUGUCGCUCAUUGAUGAUUUCUUAGCUGUCUUGGGCAACUCUAGUGAUAAACAAGAUUUUCUUCUCAAAAAUUGUUUAGGCGAUCCACCAAAAUUUAUAUUGAGAAAAAUCAUUGCCUCUUCAAUAAAAAUAGAUGUGUUAGAUUCUGCUUUCAAAAUAUUCUUAGAAUUAUUUUCAGCAGAAAAACUUGAAUCUUAUUUAUCAGAUUUAAUGUUAGAAGCAUCCUCGAUACAGAUACUUUUGUGUAAUCUGUCUGUACAUAUUCCUAAAGAUAAAUUAUUGGCUUUAAAAAGUAAGUUUCUUUUAUCAGAGUUAUAUGAGAUGGAAGACAGUCAAGCUGUUGUAAUAGAUAUGCUGAAUAAUAAUUGUACUAAAGAUGUAUUAGAAAUGUUAAUUAUUAGUAUGUUGAAUAGCAGUAUUGAGUUGUCUAAUACAGUAAAUAGUAUUGUAAAUGCAUUUUUAAGUUUUAUGACUAUUAAGAACUCAUCAAAAAAAAUAUUUUGGAAAAUGCUUCUUCAGACUGAAAAUCUUUUAAAACUGUGUUUAAAUCAUGUAGAUAUAUUUAAAAAAAUAUCUAAAGCUUUAUUUGACUGUGGCAAGGUACACAGAGAAAAAAUGUCAGCUGAGUUUUUUUAUAUAGAUUUAACAUAUUCAGAAUUGAUCAGAAUUACAAAAAAAAUUUGCAAUAAUGAAAAUUUAAAGAGUGAGUUCACAGUUUUUGUUUUUGAACUUAAUGAGGAUGAAAACUUUUGGGAAAAUAUUUUACGCUUACCUUAAAUCAUUGUUUAUAAAUAUAUUUUUUUGUUAUUAAUAUAUACUUAAAGGCAAAACAUUGUUUUAUUUAUGAGAAAAGUAUCCAUAUUUAACAGUUUUAUACUUGAAAAAAAUAAUACUGAAAAUAGUAAUACAUUAGACAGAUGAUACAAGUGAUAGGAAAUGAGAAAAUACAAUUUUAAAAUUAAUGUAUAUUAAGAUAUUAAUAAAAU